GCUCCCAGACCUGUCAUCAUGGUGCAUUUCUCUGGGGAGGAGAAGGCUGCCAUCACUAGCCUGUGGAGCAAAGUGGAUGUGGAGGAGGCUGGAGGCCAGGCCCUGGGCAGGCUCCUGGUCGUCUACCCCUGGACCCAGAGGUUCUUUGACAAUUUUGGCAAUCUCUCCUCUUCCUCUGCUAUAAUGGGCAAUCCCAAGGUCAAAUCCCAUGGCAAGAAGGUGCUGACCUCCUUUGGAGAUGCUAUUAAGAACUUGGACAACCUGAAGAACACCUUUGCUAAGCUGAGUGAACUGCACUGUGACAAGCUUCACGUGGAUCCUGAGAACUUCAGGCUCCUGGGCAACGUGCUGGUGGUUGUUCUGGCUUCUCACUUCGGCAGGGAAUUCACCCCUGAUGUGCAGGCUUCCUGGCAGAAGCUGGUAGCUGGUGUUGCCAAUGCCCUGGCCCACAAGUACCACUGAGUCCUCUGUCCAGCUUGCCAGUACCCUUCUGUAUCCCCAACAUCCUCCUUCUUACAUGGGCACUGGGGUUUGGCCUUGAAAGAAGUUUUUCUUUAAUAAAGUACAUUCUAUUCAAUCACCAAAAA